AUGUUGCGUUGUGUCAAUGGAACGAGUUACGUUGUGCGUCGCUGGCUCACCGUUCAUGCGGUGAAGAUGUCUUCGACGGACGUGUCGCUUUCCGCUGUGAAGCAAUUGGUGUCGAAGAUGGAUGCGACUGACAGAGCUCAGCUGCUGCAGGAUUUGCAGCGACUACAUGCCGACGAACUGAUAGCAGAUUAUCAAGGUAAAUUAGCAUCAGUUCGGUGGCGGUCAAGACUAGGUAGACCAAGCAAAGUCAAUGAGGAACUACAUUCCAAUCCCACUGGGCAAUUUUGCGAGGUUCCGGGUGACUACAUUGACUUCAAGAUCGGCGUGGUUUUCGGUUUUUCGACAAUGGCUGCAGCUGCAUUGGGGAACACAAUAUCAGACGUGGCAGGCAUAGGUUCUGCGUGGUACGUGGAAAACAUCGCAGUGAAGAUUGGCGUUCCUGCUCCAACCCUGUCGCGGAUUCAGACGGACAUGAAGUCAGCUCGUUUCACUGCGAAUUUCUGGAAACCCACGGAAAGGCCCUACGAUGCGGUCGUUUUGCAGUUCGGUCUGCAGCAUAUUGGCCGGAAUCUGCCCUGCAUAGUGGUCGGUCGUGCGCUUGGCGUAACAAUUGGUUGCCUGCUGGGCAUGAUCCCGCUUCUGUUUCUCCCCACCAAGUCCAAAGAAGAUGAUGUGACGGAUGACGCUCGUGCUUGAAGGAAAUUCUUGGCAAUCCUCCUACUACAGCUAUAGUAGGAAAAGUAAAGUAAGCUCAGGAAGCAAAAGGACAUUUUGGAGAUUCACCCUAGAUUUUUGCAACCAUUGGAAAUAGUGCAAUUUCGUUCAUUGUAGGAAUGAUGUAAUGGGCAGUAGAAAAUAUGUAUGCAGAAGGUAGGCCUACGGUGUAUCAUGUUACCUCGCGAUGAUGAUGUUCUAUGAUUACUACGAAGCAUAAACGCUCGUUUACCUUGAGAUGUGGUUGGCACGGGAAAAUCCUUUCUUUAUUUUAUUAUAUUAACUAGCCCAUUUGUUCCGAGGAUCAUUGUAUCCAUCUUUGAUUUCAAAUUCCGGUCUUUCGUGAUGAGUUUUGCAUUCGUGUGGAAUAAAAGUGGAAGGUUUUCCGGUGAGCGGAAAUCGAAGGUCUCGACUGACGUUGCAUUCUAAAUCGUUAAUUCGAUGCUGUUGUUUCUUAGUUGAAUUUGUGAAAGCUAAUCUUGAUUUUUAUUUUUACCAGAAUGUGAUGAAAGAAAUCGAGGGGAGAAAGUCAGUAGAAUGUUUGGUGUGUUAGCUAUUUUUCAUGCGUUUUUAUUUAAAUGCUCAUGAUUUUAAAAACUGACAAGUCAUUUUUCUUAAUUAAUGCUUCAUCACAUUUUGAAUGUUUCUCUUAAAAGAAAUGCGUUCAUGAGAAUUUGACCAACUUUUCCUUCCUUCUAGCGUUUUAUUACAAACAUUUUCUGGUAAUUUUGCUCCAAAAUUUGAAUUGCUCAUAUUAUGUGUUCGUUGUUCUUUAUCACACUUCGGGUGUUUGAUAAAGUAGAAAUGCUUUGGAAGUCCAUAAAUGGUUGGCGGUCUUGUCUUCGAUCGGUUCUUCCACCUCGUGUCCACCAGCU